GUCCAUGUAACGACAAUCAUACGGGGUCUAUUCAACAGUAAAUUUGGCCUCUUGGUUGACGCCAGGUGUGUCUAGCUUCAUCUGGGCCUUCAAGCUCGUGGUGGUGGCAGGUUCGUUGAGCACGACCUCGUCCACUGCGGACGCCUUGAUCUUCUUGCCGGCCAGCUCGACGUCCUCGUCAUCAUCAUCUUCUUCUUCCUUGCUUUCUUCUUCGUCACCCACUUGGUUGUCCGCGUUGUCGCCGGUGGUCGAGUAUCGGAAUCGGUUGCGCAGCAUGACGAGGCCGGCCACGAUGAGCCCCGCGGCGACGAGGGCGGCGACGGCGGCCCCAAUCACGAACGGAUCGCCGCUUUCCAGUCGUUUGUAGUACUCUGCGAUGGCCGACGUGUGCUGGACGUGCUCGACCUUUUGGUUGGCAAAGUCAGUUUUCUGCUCCGGGUUCUGGCAGAUGGCCGUGCCGUUAUGGAUGCCAAUCCAGUUGGUCACAAUCGAAUCCUUGACGUGGCCGCACAUGGUCAGCUUGAAUGAAUCGACGGGCAUCUCGUCAAAGUGCAAGAUGUACUUGCCGCCGGCUAGGUCGUCGGCGGCGGCAUUGCACUUGACUCGAGCCACGACCGAGUACAUUUGGCCGCUCUUGGGCAAGAAGCCCGUCAAUUUCUCAAACGAUACCAGAUCCACAUGGAACGCGCCGCACGAGGACCCCGUGUACGUGGCAAACGCAUCCACCGACGCCUGGGCCAGCGCUUCCGGACGAGUUUCGUCGAUGCCGAUCCACUGCUUUUUCUGGGUGUCCUGGGUGGGGACGGCGGAUGUAGGCGCGACGGGCGGCUUGGUGGUAGCAUGGAGAGGAUGACUUGUUGUGACCACAGUCGUGGUGGUGGUCGUGGUAGGCGCAACAGUCGUGGUGGUGGUGGUCGUGGUUGUACGGGCCACGGUGGUGGUGGUAGGGGCCACGGCUGUGGUGGUGGUGGUGGUCGUGGUGAGUACAGGAGCGGCCGUGGUGGUAGUUCGAGCUACGGAAUAGACGACGGUGGUAGAAGGCAAGUGUGUUGCGGCCGUGGACGCGAUGGUAGCAAUGGGUUCAGUGAGUUUGGGAGCGGCAGUGGUCAAAACAGGGAUGGUGGCUCGUUCAGCUGAAGUUGUGACUGAAGGAACCGUCUGAGUGGUGGUGACGGAAUCUGUCGUGACAACCGCCGCAGUCGGAGAUGUAGCAGAUGAUGCAGUGGUUGGGAAAGUAGUAGUUGUGGUGGUCACAACUGGUGUUGAUGUUGUCGUCGUAGUCGCGACAAUGGGAGUUGUAGUGGUGGUCGUUGUGGGGUUGCUUGGCGGUGCUACUAUGGUCACAACUGGAGUAGUUGUCUCGGCGGGAGGACUGGACGAUGGAGGCGGCGAAGGUGCGGCGUCAGGCAUGGUGGUGGGUGGGGUCUGUGAGUCGAU